GAAUAUUUCUUUUUUUAUAAAAUAUACCUGAAAUACUGCUUGACGAUGUAUAGAGCGAUGGCGACGGCGACUUCGACUUUUUUCUAGGGUUACGAUGGAUCUUCGAGGAUGGGAUCCAGGGGAUCAAAGGGUCACAAGGGAUAAUCAUAGGGCAGAUCUUCAUCAUUAUGAAGGUUCCUGGAGAGGAUCGAAACAAACUGGGGUCUCCACCAGGAGAGAUCGUGUGGAUCUCGGAGGGAAUCUCCGGAUAAAUGGAAAUAUAUGGAGGGCAAGAUCCUUAGAAUUGGUAAAAGCUUCGGGCUCCUUACGCUUAAGGAAAUCAUCGUCAAACAUCAUCCAAAGGCGAGAUCUUUGUGAGUCAACUUAUUGGGAGUGCGAGGAGUGUGGAGGGAAACCCCAAAAGACUGAAGAUUUCGGGGCCACACUUUGACAACACGGGGCUCAUUCAAGGCUAUGCAAAGACUUUGAUUGGUCGAUGCAUGAAUCCUGAUGAGCAGGAUGUGAAGGCAUUGGUGGUGACGCUCCCGAAAAUUUGGAAAUUGAUUGGGGCAGAUUUGGGCUUGGGCAAGUUUCAGUUUGAUUUUUGGAAGAAGAAGAUAUUGACGAGGUCCUAAGGAUGCAGCUGUUUCAUCUCGACUACUGGAUGCUAUCAUUGGUUCGCUGGCAAUCGAGGAAAGAACAACCUUACCCUCCGGAAAUCAUUCUUUGGGUAAAGGUUCUGGGUUUUCCUCUAGAAUUUUGGGCUGCCCCGACUUUCGAGAGAAUCGGUGAGGCUCUUGGGGAGUGGUUUGAAGUGGAUCUUGAUCAUGGGAGAAUCAAAGUGAAGGUAGACGGCUACAAGGCAUUAUGUUUUGAAACUUCAGUUGAUUUCAGGGGAGGAGAAUUCCUUGAUGGGGAAGAGGCUUUGUUUUUUCUACGAUACUAGAAGCGCAGAUUCAAUACGUCAUUAUGUCGUAUCUCUGUAAGUUUUUAUCUCAAGUUUAUGAAUUGGAAUAAAGAUGGUUUAGUUGGUUUUUACAUCUCUUGUGUGGUGGUUCUACUGCGAAGAAAUUUCAUGUGGACAUCUGGUGGAAUUUUAAUAUUGGUCUUAAACAAGGUUGGAUUAUGUGCGUUAAUGAGAUUAUCUUUUUAUUCUAGUGAGGCCUUCUAUGGGGAUACUGUGGUGUUGGUACGGGGUUUGAGGACAUACUUUAACAAUACGGGUGUUACUAGUUCACUGGUUGUAAGUUUUCCAGGUUUUUUAUUAUGGGCCAUGGAAAAUUGUAGCAGCCUCAGGAAUUAUAAUAAGGGACUAUGGAAAUAUGGGAAAAAGGAAUUAAAUUAUAUUGGACAUGUCUGUGGAUUUAUGGCCUCAUGGAUUCGACAAAGACGUUUCUCUUACAAUCAUUAUAUAUGAAAAUAUUAAGCUGGAAUUGCAGAGGACUUAGGAGUCAUUGGACCAUAAGUUAUCUUCGAGAAACAUGGCAUAAAUAUAAACUAGAGUUUUUAUUUUUAUCCGAGACAAAACAGGAUUUCGAAUUCGUACAAAGUUUUCAGGACCAUUUUGGAUAUGAUAGUUUGGUUACGGUGGAUCCAAAUGUGAGGAGUGGUGGAUUAGCUCUUUUUUAUAAUAAUAAAUUUCAAGUUAAAAUUCUAUAUUCCAGCAAGAGGAUGAUUGAUAUUGAGGCAAUGGUUAAAGAGAAGAAAGUUUUCCUUACUUUUGUUUAUGGGGAACCAGUACAAAAGCUAAGAGAACAUGUAUGGGAGAGAUUAACUCGAUUUGGAUUAGCACGAUCAGAACCUUGGUUUAUUUUUGGAGAUUUAAACGAGAUCACUGGGAAUCAUGAAAAGGAUGGGGGCUCUCUACGAUGUACAACGUCAUUUAUUCCCUUCAAUAAUAUGAUUCGGAAUAGUGGCUUACUAGAAUUCCCUGCUCGUGGUAAUACACUAUCGUGGCAAGGACGAAGGGGUAAAGGAAAAGGAGCAGUGACGGUCAGAUGUCGCUUUGAUCGGGCUUUGGCAAAUGAGGAAUGGCAUACACUUUUUCCAUGUUCUUAUACAGAGUAUCUAAGAAUGGUGGGUUCUGAUCACCGGCCAGUGAUUGCUUUCUUAGAGGAUAAUAUUACAAAGAAAAAAAGAGGGCAAUUUAGGUUUGAUAAAAGAUGGAUUGGUCAAGAGGGUCUCAUGGAUUCGAUUGUAGCUGGCUGGACGGAGAAUCAGGAAGGACAUUUAGGAGAUCUUGUUACAAAAAUUACUAAUUGUCGUCAUGAAAUAUCUUCAUGGCGUAAAGAUAAUCAACCAUAUGGGAAGGAUAAAAUCCAAGAACUCCAACAAGCACUGGAGGAAGUACAAAUGGAUAACAAUAGAUCACAAGAUGAGAUUAUUGAGGUUUCUAGGAAAUUGCAGGAGGCUUAUAAGGAUGAGGAGGAAUAUUGGCAUCAGAAAAGUAGGAAUAUGUGGCAUUCAUCUGGAGAUCUGAAUACUAAAUUUUAUCAUGCGUUGACAAAGCAACGUAGGGUUCGUAAUAAUAUAGUGGGACUCCAUGAUGAAACAGGUAAUUGGAUAACGGAUGAGAAAGGAGUUGAGAAAGUGGCAGUUGAUUAUUUUGAGGGUUUGUUCACGACCACGGAUCCAACGGAAUUUGAUAGUUUUUUGGACGAGAUAGUACCAUCUAUUUCUCCCCAAAUGAAUCAGAUAUUACUGCGAGUGGCAACGGAGGAAGAGGUACGACAAGCUCUAUUCAUGAUGCACCCGGAAAAAGCGCCAGGACCAGAUGGGAUGACAGCUCUUUUUUCCAGCAUUCCUGGCAUAUAAUUAAGAGGGAUGUGGUUGAGAUGGUGAACAAUUUCCUUCUUACGGGAGAUAUGGAUACACGGUUAAAUGUUACUAAUAUAUGUAUGAUUCCGAAAGUAGAGAGACCCACAAAGAUGACGGAAUUACGGCCAAUAAGUCUUUGUAAUGUUGGGUACAAGAUUAUUUCGAAGGUUUUGUGUCAAAGAUUGAAAUUUUUUUACCAAGGCUAAUUUCGGAGACACAAUCGGCUUUUGUGGCGGGAAGGUUAAUAUCGGAUAAUAUCCUUAUAGCACAGGAAAUGUUUCAUGGACUGAGGACUAAUAAGUCCUGCCAGAAUAAAUUUAUGGCGAUCAAAACGGAUAUGAGUAAGGCAUAUGAUAGGAUCGAGUGGAACUUUAUUGUGGCUCUUCUUCACAAAAUGGGUUUUGAUCCUCGUUGGAUUGACUUGAUACUGGAAUGUAUUUCUUCGGUUCAAAAUAGGGUACUUAUCAAUGGUCAGCCACAAGGUGUUAUUAUCCCUCAAAAGGGCCUGCGGCAAGGGGAUCCUCUGUCUCCGUAUUUAUUUAUUAUGUGCACUGAGGCAUUAAUCGCGAAUAUUAAGAAGGCGGAGAGAAUGAAACAACUUACUGGUUUAAAGGUGGCAAGAGCGUGUCCAGCAAUUUCUCAUUUGUUAUUUGCAGAUGAUAGUCUUUUCUUUUGUAAGGCAAAUAAGGAAGAAUGUCAAACCAUUCUUAGGGUUUUAAAGGAAUAUGAGAAUGUCUCGGGACAACAAAUUAAUUUCCAGAAAUCUUCAAUUCAAUUUGGACAUAAGAUUGAGGAAGUUAAUUGUCAAGAGCUGAGGGAUGUUCUGGGAAUACAUAACAUAAGCGGUAUGGGAUCCUACUUAGGUUUACCAGAAAGCCUUGGUGGAUCAAAGGUACAAGUUUUUGGCUUUGUACAGGAACGGUUGAAUAAUAGGGUUAAUGGAUGGACUUUUAGAUUUUUUACAAAAGGAGGAAAAGAGGUAAUUAUAAAAUCGGUGGUUACGGCCCUGCCAGACCAUGUCAUGUCUAUUUAUCGGUUACCGAAGGCUACAGUUAAAAAGUUAACGAGCGCAGUAGCUCAGUUUUGGUGGAGUCCAGGAGGGAGUUCAAAAGGUAUGCAUUGGAAAUCAUGGGAUAAAUUGUGUGAAACCAAAGAUAAUGGUGGUUUGGGUUUUAAGGAUCUCAUGGAUUUUAAUACAGCAAUGCUUGGUAAGCAACUAUGGAGGCUAAUUGAGAAACCAAAUACUCUUUUCUCAAGAGUUUUCAAAGGACGGUAUUAUAGGAAUGCUUCGCCCCUGGAACCGAUCCGAUCUUACUCCCUGUCAUAUGGCUGGAGGAGUAUUACUUCCGCUAGAUCUCUGGUUUGUAAAGGACUAAUUAAAAGGGUGGAAACAUGAUCAUCUAUCUCUGUAUGGAAUGAUCCUUGGAUCCCAGCCACUCGCCCGAGACCAGCAAACAAAAAUUCUCACAACAUUUAUCCGGACCUCACAGUGGAUUCCCUCAUCAAUCAGGAAUCUCGUUCAUGGAAUGUACAGGCAAUCAGGGAUCUAGUGGAUCCGAAGGACGCAAGAAUUAUUGAAAGUAUUUCUUUAAUUAGGAACCAGAUUGAGGAUAGGAAUGGAUGGCAUUUUGCUAAUAAUGAAAAAUAUUAUGUCCAAUCAGGUUAUCAGGUUGAACGAGUUUACCCUGAUAGGGUAAAACCUCCUGAUUUUUAUGGCCCCACAGUGGAUAUACUUAAAGCCUUAUGCUGGAAAGUGCAGUGUCCACCGAAGAUAAAACAUUUCUUGUGGCAACUGGUCUCAGGAUGUAUAUCGGUAAUGAAAAAUUUAAAGGCAAGAGGGAUAAGAGGAGAUAUAUGAUGUGCUCGUUGUGGAGAUCCGGAAGAAUCAAUAAAUCAUGUAUUUUUUGAAUGUCCCCCUGCACGUCAAGUGUGGGCACUAUCCAAGAUUCCGUCAUCGCCCAAUAUCUUUCCUAUCAUCUCUUUAUUUGCUAAUAUGGAUCAUCUUUUUUGGAGGGUGCAACUGAAAAUGGAUGACCAUCAGUUUGCAUGGAUUCUAUGGUAUAUUUGGAAAGCCCGAAAUAACAAAGUUUUUAGUAAUUUGGAUAUUGAUCCGCGUGACACUUUAAAAUUAGCUGAAGUGGAAUCAUCACUCUGGGCAGAAGCACAGGUAGGAAAUGAACCAACAAGGGGGCUCUCGGUACAAACCAUUCCUCUCUUAGAGACACCAGGUCGAUGGUGUUUUAUUGAUGGCUCAUGGAAGGAUAAGGAUUUAAUGUCAGGGCAAGGCUGGUAUAGUACUUUACCGGGGUUUGAUGGUCUUCUGGGGGCAAGGAAUGUAAGGGCAUGCCUCUCUCCCCUUCAUUCGGAGGUAGAGGCUUUGAUUUCGGCAAUGGAAUGCAUGAAGAAUUUAAGACAGUUACAGGUUACGUUUGCAACGGAUUGUUCUCAAUUGGUGAAGAUGGUUUCGGAACCAGAAGAAUGGUCAGCAUUUGAAAGCUACUUGGAAGAUAUCAAGCUCCUCAAAGGAAGCUUCCUCAACUCAGACAUUGUCCAUGUACCUCGAACGGCGAAUCUUCGGGCGGACAGCUUAGCACGUAGUGCAAGAAAGCAACUGUCCUUUGCCGUUCACAUAGAUGCGGAGUUACCAAUAUGGUUUACAGAGUCAACAUGAGUCUGUAAAUUUCUUGCUGUCAAAAAAAAAAAAAAAA